AUGACCCCGGAGUCGGAUACAGGAAGUCCCUUAUCCACGUCGCCAUCUAUCCAAGGUUACGAUCCUCGAGCCAUAAUCCGUCAGUUGCUGGAAAAGUACACCAAGGAAGACAUAAACCGACUAGUGGAGGAGGAGUCAUGUGUAAGCCCAUCUGCACAAGGCCAGCUGUCAGAGGGAGUGUUUCCCGUGCCUCUUCUUGGCUCGGACAGAGACAGCAUGCCGAGCCAGCCCAUACAUCAAAGCCAUGGCCAAGGCACAAAGCCCAGCCACUCGCUCUCAAGCAAUGCAUCGUCACAGAGGUCACGACGACAAUCCACCACCGACCGUGGGACCGCAGUUGUAUCCAUGACACACAGGCUUGACUAUGCUUGCGGGUUCUGCGCCGAGGAAAACAUACGAAAGACGUGCACACGUCGAAACGACCUCAGGCGGCACAUUGAGAACUUCCACAACAGCAAUGCUGUGUGGUUUUGCCAGCACCCCGGAUGUCGAGUGGCCUACGACUGGCAAACAGCUUACCAGAACCACCUCCGAACUGCACACGGGCGAUCACACAUGAACGUCGACGAGGCCAAGGUGAAGCUGUGCCCCCAAACAGUAUUUGCUUGCGGGUUCGAGAACUGCCCCCAAGUAUUUGAAGCCCCCCACGAAGACGACACUGCGGCGACCCUGAAGGAGUACUCGGGCCACAUUGUCAAGCACUUUGAGGAAGGGUCCAACGGCGGCCGCUGGUCCUACUCGACCAGAAUCCGCAAUCUCUUGCGACAGCGUCAAGUUUCUGCCUUUUGGGACAAGGCGUGGCCGGACAUGGAGAGGCCUCAGCUUCAAUGGGAGCCCCAGUCAAGUAUGGCUGCUCGGAAAACCCUCGAGGCCGGCCACGUCGAAAACCUGCCCUUCCUGGUCCGCCUCAUCAUCAUGCUGGGAUCCAACCCGGGGGAUCUGAGCAACUUGGAAGGCAAGCUCGAGCCCCCGGUACGGAGGAGAUGCCCCAAGGCGCAGUACCAGCAGCACCGGCUGUCGUUUGACGCCCACGCGCAAAGCCCCCAGCUUGCCGUGGAACGGGAUAUGGGCCAGUUCAAAGUCUCUGGGGGCGUCGGGGUCGAACAUGGACUGUACGCCGACAUCCAGCCGGGCCACCAUGUGCCUCGCUCGAUUGAGCUAGUAUUUGACGCCGAUCGCGCCUUGGGCCAGGGCCGCAGCCAUGGCCAAGUUCAGUUCAAUGACGCCGCAGCCUCCUUGCACCCGUUGACUCCACCGCAGCUGUUCUAUCAUGGUGGUACAGAUUCGGCAUUGUACCCUCAAUCCUCACAGAUGAUAUCCACAGCCAUUACGGGGCAGUACAUUGCUGUGGGACAAGAAGCCGAGCCGGUUGCGAACCCGGCAGCGGCGGGCUUCCACGGAAUACACCAGGUGUCGAGCAUUCCCGGCGCCAUGGACAUGGAUAUCAACAAUGAGAGCAGCUCGCAUAUCAGCAACAACACCAGGCGUAGCAACUGGAUGGGCAGCUAUGAACACAUGGGCAUUCACAAUUCGCUACCGGCAGAUGGGUAUGACAUGAGCAACCCGGUAACCCCAGAGCACAGCCGUAUGGCUGGCCGGUAUGGUUCGCCGGCGGGAUCACUGUGA